GUGUGCUCCAUUGCUUCACCCUGGUUCAGAGAGUGAGAUAGAAUCACUGAAGAGCUUCAAUGGCGGUUUCUUCUCUCUGUGUUACUCCUCUUUCUCUCUCCAAUUCAUCCCCCUCUUUGUCUUCCAAGCCAAAGUUCCCAUCUUUGUGCUUUCUCUCGGGUAACACGUUGAGGGUCACGUGCCCAAAACCUCUGCACUCUUCAACUGUGGUUCAUGUUGCACCAGAAGUGUUGGAUUCUUCCCCUGAUCCCCUAGACCCACCUCCAGAAACCCUUGAUGAUGACUCUGACCCCACCACCUUUCAGGUUGGUGACUUGGGGACUCCAAGCACUUCGGCAAUCAGCAUUGGCGCUGACGCAGAUGCAAUGGCACCAAAGCAGAAAAUUAGGAUCAAGCUAAGAUCUUACUGGGUUCCCUUGAUUGAGGAUUCCUGCAAGCAGAUAUUAGAUGCAGCAAGGACUACCAAUGCAAAAACUAUGGGUCCUGUGCCAUUACCAACCAAGAAGCGAAUCUACUGUGUUCUUAAAUCCCCACACGUUCAUAAAGAUGCUCGGUUCCAUUUUGAGAUCAGAACUCAUCAGCGACUCAUUGAUAUCCUAUAUCCUACAGCUCAAACAAUAGAUUCUCUGAUGCAACUUGAUCUUCCUGCUGGUGUUGAUGUGGAGGUCAAGCUCUAGAGAUAUUUGCUUUGAAGGUUGCUAACCAUUUUGAAUCUGAGUGAGCUUCAACUUGUUAUCAAUAGCCAAAAUAUAUUAGCAGAUAUCAUGUAUUUCACUGCCAAAACUUUAUUGAACAAUGCUAAAAUUCCUUUUGUUUGUCUCCCUAUUCUGUCCUCAACAAGGUUUCAAUUAGUCUAUUCCUGAUUUCUUGUUUUUGCAGAGAGAUUUGUAUACCGCCUAUAUUGUUAUGUAAUUCUGAUAUGCCACAACACAAUUACUUCUUCCUGGUAAAUUAUGCUUAUGAAGUUGUUUUGAUUGUUUUCAAA